UCUUUAAUUAUCCAAAACCAAUCUCUCUCUUUUCCUAUUAUCGUCUUAUCUUCCAUUUUUAUUCUUAGAGAAUAGGUGAUUAAUUCAUCCGGUCGACAUAGGGUAGCUGUCACCUAUUUCAGUUGAUUUCUCUGACCAGGAAUAACCAGAAAUAAUUGAAAAGAAGAACUAAAACUCGCCCAGGAAAAUUAACCACCAUCUACAUUGCGAGACAAGCCAGAAGACAUGUAUUCCAAAUCAUAUCUCCAUUUUACCACUUUGAUGGUGAUUCUGAACAACUCGGUUCUUGGAUUUUAUGUGGAUAAUUCUAUUACAAUAUACAAGUAUCCCAUAUUAAGCGAAUCAAAUAUUCAGUCCCCUAAAAACGUAUCUGAAUCCCUAUCAGAAUCUUUUAUCGAGUUGAUUAGAAAAAUAAUGGAUGUAAAAGUUAAAUUAGACAUCAAGAUGAGAGAUAUGGAAGAACAAGGCAUUGGUUUGAGUCUGAAAGAAAAUAAGACCGAAAAACAAAAGGAUGAAAUAAAAAUGCUAGAGGAGCUACUCAAGCAAAAGGAAAAAUACAUCAACGAAACAGCAGCAGAACUCAGAAAUAAAGAAGAAAAGAUCAAAUUGAGGGAAACCCACGUUCAGGAAAAAGAACAAAGCAUCGAUCAGGCAGAAAAAGAAAUGAAAGUGAAAAAGAGAUCCAUCGAAGAACAAGAAGAACAAGCCAAACGGAGGGAAGAGAAUAUGAUUGCAACACAAAUGGAAAUAGAAAAUCGCAAAAAUCAGUUAAAAACAUUUGAAGCGGAAUUGAAACAGAAACAAGCAGAGAUCGAAUCACAGAAGGAUGAAAUAACUAAACAACUAGAACUAAUCAAGCUAAAGGAAGAAAGUGUCAAUAAAACUAAAUUGCUAAUGGAAUUCAGAGAGACUUCGGUGAAGCGAGGGGAAGAAGCUCUCAAAAAAAAUGAAAUUGAAACAUCUGCAGAAAAAGAACGUAUUAAGAAACGUGGAGAAGACUUGGAUAAAAGAGAGACAGACGUGAAACAAAAAGAAAUUGAAGUCAAAAACAACGAAGAAUCAGUAAAAAAACGAGAGGCAGAUGUAAAUCAAAAGGAAGACAAAAUCAACAAAAAAGAAGCUGAAAACAAAAACAACGAAGAAAUUUUAAAAGAACCGGAGACAGAAGUGAAAGAAAAAGAAGACCCGAUCAACAAAAAAGAAACUGAAGUCAAAAACAAUGAAGAAUCAAAAAAAAAAACGAGAGGCAGAAGUAAAUCAAAAGGAAGACACAAUCAACAAAAAAGAAAUCAAAAGUAAAACCAAUGAAGAAGUUUUGACAGGACGAGAAGCAGAGGUAAAAUAAAAUGAAGACAAUAUCAACAAAAAAGAAGCUGACAACAAAAACAAUGAAGAAUUUUCAAGAAAACGGUGGACAAAAGUUUAGGUACAUAGGUAGCUAAAGUACACAGACAAAAUUAUCGUUUAAUAGAUAUAUCAUUAAUUCAGGAAUUUUAUACCUAUACCUAUACGUACUCUAGAAUAAACAUACUCAAACAUU